CCCGCCCCUUUUCCUGCCGCGGGUCUGGAGUCUGGUUUGUGAGGUGACGCUGGCACUCGAGGGCCUGAGAAACUGGGUGGUGGACUCCCGCCGUGUCUCAGCACCACGGAGGUGCAAGGUGUGGCCGAGGGCGCGGGGCCGGCUGCCGCCUGCGGUGCGCUCCGCCCCGGGGCCCUGACUCCAGCCCACGGCCAGGCAAGCGCCUCGCGCCUCACCUUCCUGGUGAUGCGUCCCGGCGGCAGGCAGGAGGAAGCUGCGGCCGGGGGCGUCCUGCGGCGGGCUCCUGCCCUGGCGGGCGGUGGCGGGGCGGGCCAGCCUGUUCCUUGUGAAGUGGUGGGGGAUGGAGAGGAGGACGCGGGGGAGGACGAGGCCGACCUGCUGGACACUUCGGACCCUCCGGCGGGAGGCGAGAGCGCGGCUAGCGUGGAGGACCUGGAGGACGAAGAGACCCACUCGGGGGGCGAGGGCGGCAGCAGGGGGGCCCAGAGGCGGGCGAGCGGCGGGGGCAGCCAGUGCAAGACCUGCACUUACGAGGGCUGCAGCGAAACCACGAGCCAGGUGGCCAAGCAACGCAAGCCGUGGAUGUGCAAGAAACACCGCAACAAGAUGUACAAGGAUAAGUACAAAAAGAAGAAAAGUGACCAGGCCCUGAAUUGCGGUGGAGCCGCCCCGGCUGGCAGUGCGGGGAACGUCAAACUGGAGGAAACUACAGAUAGCAUUCUCUCAAUUGUUAAACAAAGAACAGGAGCUUUGGGGGAUCGUCCUGCAAGACCUACACUUUUAGAGCAAGUGUUAAAUCAAAAAAGACUGUCAUUAUUAAGAAGCCCAGAAGUGGUGCAGUUUUUACAGAAACAACAACAGCUAUUAAAUCAGCAAGUUUUGGAGCAAAGACAGCAGCAGUUUUCAGGACCAUCAGUGUGAGGGAAUUUAUUAAGAAACUCUACAUGUUUUUUUAGCUUAUUGUAGUAGACAAAAAUAUUUUUAUACUAAGAUAGGUAGAGUAAGAUAAGCCAGUAGAACAUAAGCAGUUAUUUUCCUGUAAAUAUAUGUGUGCAUUUUGGGGAUAAAUAGAGAUUGCACUUUAUGUAACUAAUCCUUUCAGAUCAUCAUAAGUUUAAAGAAAUUAGCUUAUCUUUUUAAAGUAACAUUUAAUUAUAAUGUGUUUUUAAUAAAAUGUUCUUCUGUCAUUGUUACUGAAGAUUCUGAAGCAGUUAGUUUCUGUGAAAAUUAUGAAAUUACUUUACAUUAAUCUUGGGUCUAACUCAGUGGUUCUCAUCCAAGGAGCAGUUGGAAAUGUGGCAUGUUUCACAGUGAUUGUGAAACUUGCUGGCUUUUAGUGAAUGAAUCAGGAAUGCUACAUGUUCUGCAGUAUUUGGAAUGGCCCCAAACAACUAAGAAUUUCUUAUUCACAAUGCUAGUCAUAUUCCUCUUAAGAAACACUGAUAGCUACCCGUGAUGAAAAAAUGUGUUAGGAGACUUUUUGCAAUUAAGACGAGCUGUCAAAGAGGUAAGUAUACUUUAUAUCUCUAGGGAAAGUUAAAUUGUAAAUAUCUGUGAAAUUAGAGUAUGUGUCUGUUUUUAGGAAUGUGCUAGUGAAAUCUGACGAGGAUUAAUAGUACACUGGAAUGAAUGCACCUCCACAAGUUUGCUUCUCUUCUUCAUGUUGUUAGUGUUGAUCUUUUUUAAAGAGACACUGUGUGUGUUGACUUUGUGAACAGUAUAGAUGUAAGUUCAUCCCACCAGUGCCAGGACAAAUUAUUUUUUUAAUACUCAUGUAUUUUUUAGUAACAGAUCCUGAAAAAAAGAGUAACAUUCCAGCAUUUUGUCAAUGUUUUUAAAAAUUGAGCUAUACUUAAGACUGUGUUAUUCCUAAAUAAUCUUCGAAGAAUGAUGCUAAUAUACAUAGUUACUUUUUUCUUAUAUUUUUUUUCCCUAGGAAAACUUUUAAAAGGCAAACCUAUCAAUAAGAGUAACAAAUUACAGUAUGUCCAGUGUUAGAACAAUAAAUGUAGGUGUCUCAAGUUUAACUGCAAAACUGUGUCAGUUUCUUGGUUUUUAAACUCUGAAAUAUAUAAUUUAAACUGAGUCAUAGCUGUACUAGACACUUAAGGAGAGAAAGAAUGUUUUUGUUCAUUUUUAUAUUCUUUAGACUUGCAUAUCUGUGCAAAAACACUUUUACCAAAAUUAUUCAUUAAAGUUCACUUGUUGACCUUUGA